AUGUCUCUUUUGCGCGCUUCUGCAAAGGCGACGCGUGGCCAGCGUGCGCUCAGUUCGCGUUGGAUGUCGUCGUCGGCUACUGUGCUUCAGGCCAAGGAGGUUAAAUUCUCCAACGAGGGUCGUGCCGGCAUGCUCAAUGGUGUAAACUUGCUGGCGAAUGCCGUGAGCGUUACGCUCGGUCCCAAAGGCCGCAAUGUGAUCAUUGAGCAGCCUUUUGGCGGCCCCAAGAUUACCAAGGACGGUGUCACUGUUGCCAAGUCGAUCACACUCUCUGACAAGCUUGAGAACCUAGGCGCCCGUCUUGUCCAGGACGUGGCGAGCAAGACUAACGAGGUUGCUGGCGAUGGCACGACGACUGCCACCGUGCUUGCACGUGCUAUCUAUGCCGAGGGCGUCAAGAACGUGGCUGCAGGCUGCAACCCGAUGGAUCUUCGCCGUGGCAGCCAAGCUGCUGUGGAUGCAGUGAUUAAAUUCCUCGAGAAGAACAAGCGCGAGGUGACCACUUCUGAGGAGAUUGCGCAGGUAGCGACCAUUUCUUCCAAUGGCGACCGCCACGUCGGCGAGCUCAUUGCGACGGCGAUGGAGAAGGUCGGUAAAGAGGGUGUGAUUACCGUCAAAGAGGGCCGCACCCUUGAGGACGAGAUUGAAAUCACCGAGGGCAUGCGCUUUGACCGCGGCUACAUCUCGCCCUACUUUAUCACCGAUGUCAAGACCCAAAAGGUUGACUUUGAGAAACCCAUGAUGCUCCUGAGCGAAAAGAAGAUUUCGGCCCUUGCCGACAUUCUUCCUACGCUUGAGAUCGCCGCGCAGAGCCGCCGCCCGCUCCUCAUUAUUGCUGAGGACAUUGAGGGUGAGGCACUGGCUGCAUGCAUCCUCAAUAAGCUGCGUGGGCAGCUCCAGGUGUGUGCUGUCAAGGCCCCUGGCUUUGGUGACAACCGCAAGAACAUUCUUGGCGACCUUGCCAUUCUCACUGGCGCUCAGGUCAUUUCGGAUGACUUUGACAUGAAGUUGGAGUCGAUCUCGCCCAACAUGCUUGGCACUGCCGGCAGCGUCACUGUCACUAAAGACGACACGAUCGCCAUGAACGGUGGUGGUGACAAAGACGCGAUUACUGCGCGCUGCGAGCAGAUCCGCUCUGCGAUGCACGACCCUUCCACCUCAGAGUACGACCGCACCAAGCUGCAGGAGCGUCUCGCCAAGCUCAGCGGUGGUGUCGCUGUCAUCCGCGUCGGCGGCCACUCGGAAGUCGAGGUCGGCGAGAAGAAGGAUCGCUACGACGAUGCACUCAAUGCCACCCGCGCUGCUGUCGAAGAAGGCAUUGUUCCCGGUGGCGGUACUGCGCUUCUCAAGUCGACCGCGGCGCUCGACGGUGUCCAAACGGCCAACUUUGACCAGCAGAUUGGUGUGCAGAUUGUCAGGGCUGCGCUUACGCGGCCGACGCGCCAAAUUGUGGAGAACGCCGGGGAGGAAGGCUCUGUGGUCGUGGGCAAGCUCCUCGAGAACCCUGGCGAAUUCAGCUACGGCUACGAUGCCAGCACGGGUCAGUACAAGGACCUUGUCCAGGGCGGUAUUGUAGACCCCCUCAAGGUGGUCAGGACUGCGGUCCAGGACGCCGCUGGUGUUGCCUCGCUCCUGACUACCUCGGAGUGCUGCAUCGUGGAUGCGGCUGAGGAGAAGCCUGCUGCUCCUGCGAUGCCCGGCAUGGGCGGCAUGGGCGGCAUGGGCGGCAUGGGCGGCGGCAUGGGCUUUUAA